AUGGCCACGAAAACACUAGAGUCUCGCUUCGAGCACCUUACCGUCAAUGAUGAGAAUGAAGCUCCAACUGCGACAAUUCUCAAAUCCAAGACGGCGCCUGCAGGUGCUAUACCGACGUUAUCAUCAACGCAAGCACGAACGAACCUCGUCAAAUACCCUCUCCAAGUGACCGGGGACUCUAAACAGAACGUAGCCUCCAUUGCAACCAUCACAACAACCACGACCGUUCCUACCCAUCCUCCUUCACCGGUCAGAGUCGCACUGCAAGCAGCCAGGGAGUCGGACGAGAGCGAUGAGUCGAUCCGGAGCAGAGCCACUGCCAAGUAUUUCUUCGAUCAACCACAAGCACCCAAACAGUUCCACCUUGGCAUGUUUGAGAUUGGGAAGCCCCUUGGGAAAGGAAAGUUCGGACGAGUCUACCUCGCCCGGGAAAGAUCGUCGGGAUUCGUGUGCGCGCUCAAGGUUCUUCACAAGUCGGAACUGCAGCAAGGCAAAGUCGAGAAGCAAGUCCGACGAGAAAUCGAGAUCCAGUCCAACCUGAGACAUCCCAACAUCCUAAGGCUGUUUGGUCAUUUCCAUGACAGCAAGCGAGUGUUUCUGAUCCUCGAGUUUGCCGGCAAGGGUGAGUUGUACAAGCACCUCCGGAAGGAAGGUCGGUUCCCAGAAUGGAAGGCGGCACAAUAUAUUGCCCAGAUGGCUGCUGCCCUAAAGUAUCUGCACAAGAAGCAUGUCAUGCAUCGGGACAUCAAGCCUGAAAAUAUCCUCGUCGGUAUCCACGGCGAAAUCAAGAUCUCCGAUUUCGGCUGGUCAGUUCACGCUCCCAAUAACAGGAGACAGACCAUGUGCGGUACACUGGAUUACCUACCACCAGAGAUGCUCAAACCCGGCAGCUCUGACAAUUUCUACAACGAGAAGGUCGACCUGUGGAGUCUGGGUGUCCUUACGUACGAGUUUCUUGUCGGUGAAGCGCCCUUCGAGGACACAACCAUUAUGACACAGCGGAGAAUUGCGCGGUGUGACAUGAAAGUUCCAAGCUUCGUGAGCUCUGAGGCCAGAGAUCUCAUCAUGCGGCUCUUGGUGCUGGAUCCUGAAAAGCGUAUCCCACUCGAAGACGUCCUCCAGCAUCCCUGGAUUGUCAAACACUGCGUAACAAAAGGUGGCGAACGUGCUUUUGAGAGAGCAUCGAGUAGUAGCAGCAGAGGGUCAAGCUCAGAGUGA